GCAAAAACAAAACAACUUUCUCUACCAGCGCCGUUCUUGUACCUUCGGGAUGGAUUUACUCUUGCUGUUUGGAAUUGCGACCGCUUUGCUGGUCGUUCUCGUCACUCUCCUCCUCCUGAACAGGAACAAAUCGAAGAGCGAAGAUGCUCCUCAGGCCGCGGCGGUUCAGCGCGAGGAAAAUGUUCCACGCCGAGCGCAGGUAGUACGAAACCAGCGUAAUCGGGCCAGAGUGGCGGAGGUGGCCGAACAGGGCGAGCAAUCCGACGAAGAGGACACCAUCCCACAGGCUCAGCAUGAUUAUGGCGCCGAAAAACUGGGUGCCAAAAAGCGGGCCAAGUUAGAGGCAAAGGCUGAGAAGAAGCAGCAACGUGAGCAGGAACUGCGGCAUCGCGAGGAGCAGAAAAAGAAAGAUGCCUUGCUCGAAGAGGAACGCAGAAAGCAGUCGGAGAAGGAAGAGCUAGAGGAGAAAAAGCGUGAAGAGGCGGAACGUCUAGCGCGAGAAGAGAAGGAACGAAAGGAACACGAGGAGUAUCUGAAGAUGAAGCAAGCCUUUAGCGUAGAGGAGGAGGGCUUCGAGGAAGAAAAUGCUGAUGAGCAGCAGAAUAGUUUGGCGGAUUUUAUCAAAUUCAUACAGGAUAACAAAAUCGUCGUGUUAGAGGACUUGGCGGCACAUUUCAAGCUGAAAGUGCAAGCCGUUAUAGACAGAAUCGAGGAACUGCAGAAAGAAAACCGCCUCACUGGGGUAAUUGACGAUCGAGGCAAGUUCAUUUACAUUUCCGAAGAGGAACUUAAAUCGGUCGCCAAAUUCAUCCGUCAACGAGGGCGUGUUUCGAUAGCGGAGCUAGCUGAAAACAGUAAUCAGUUGAUUAAUCUGGUUCCGGUUGUUGCUUCGGAGAGCGCCUAAGUGGUCGAGGUUCACGUGAUUCACACAUGUCGAUAAAAUGUUAAUAAUGUUUAUUUAAAAGCAAA